GGAAGAGUUCUACGGAAAGAAAUUGAUUCUCGCUGACAGAGAAGAAGUGGAGCAAGAAGCAGAUAAUAUUUUAAAGGAUGCUGAUGUCAGCGAUGUCGCCUUCCUUGUGGUUGGUGAUCCAUUUGGCAUCUAUCAAGCUCAGGUUUCAAUUUCUCAUGCCCACGGGGAGCCCUGUCCCUCCCCAUGACUAAGAAGAUGGGCUUCCCCUUGUCUGUCGGGCAUCAUCAAUCUCUGAUGUCAAGCCGGACAGAAGAGUUCUUUGUCUCCAGCUGGUGACCCAAGAUUUAUGUCGCACGUUUAAGGAACAUAAGGAUAAUCUAAUCACCGUGAGCCCACCACCAAGGAUGUUUUUCAAAAGAAUGGAGUUAUGGUGUGCAUGUGUCUGUCAGAAAGAAAGUGAUUUAUAUCCAUGUGACGUGCCAGGGAUUGGCUAUCAUUAUUAGACUUCGAUCCUUUCAGAUGUACCAUACAGCAGCGCUAGCCCUGCUCACGUGCCACCUCUUCCAUGAAUCCUCCCCUAUUUCAUUCAGGAGUAGGUGGUUGGAUGUUUCCACCUCAUGUGAUGCAUUCGGACAGUGCUUGGCACCUCCUAACUGUCCGGGCCACGACGCACAGCGAUCUGAUUCUGAGGGCCACCAGCCUGGGCAUCCCGUACCGAGUCAUCCACAACGCCUCCAUCCUGAACGCCGUGGGCUGCUGCGGUCUACAGCUGUACAAGUUCGGAGAGACGGUGUCCAUUGUUUUCUGGACCGACACGUGGAGACCGGAGAGCUUCUUUGACAAAGUGAAGAAGAACAGACAGAACGGCAUGCACACGCUGUGCCUACUGGACAUCAAAGUAAAGGAGCAGUCACUGGAAAACCUAAUCAACCAAGACCAACGGCAGCCUGUGUUCUACCCCAGGGGCAGGAAGAUCUACGAGCCUCCUCGCUACAUGACCGUGAACCAGGCGGCCCAGCAGCUGCUGGAAGUGAUUCAGAACCAGCGAGCACGUGGAGAGGAGCCAGCGGUCACCGAGGAGACGCUGUGCGUGGGCCUGGCCCGGGUAGGGGCUGAAGACCAGCAGAUCGCUGCGGGCACGCUGCAGCAGAUGUGCUCCGUGGCACUGGGGGGGCCGCUGCACUCCCUGGUCAUCACAGGGGGCAGCCUGCACCCGCUGGAGAUGGAGAUGCUGAGUCUGUUUCCCGUGCCCGAGGCCAGCUCGGGUCCUCAGAGCACCGAGGGGCCCCGCCCGUAGAUGCGUCUGUGUGGAGGCUCAUUUGGGUCCCGGUGCUCCUGCCUGAACUGUGUGUGCCAAGGGCAACCGGGCUCCUGUUUACCUGGGAAGCGCCGCACAAGCGACCAAGAGCGAGCGGACUCCACGCUGGGUUUCCUGUGCCCCGAGUUCUCCCUCUGCCAUCGUCAGCCGCUGCUGCUGUCCUGGCGGUUUUUCAGGAUGUGAACACGUGGAGCAGACCAAGCGGGAAGCUGGAGGGUGGCACCACCCGGAGACGUUGAAAAGCAGCUUUUCGUUCUGAAGCCUGCACCAGGCGGGACCCCCUUCCUCCUUCCUUAAGUCAGCUGCCUUCGUGCAGGCGCGCGGUUCCUCCUGCAGUUGCGUGAGCCUGGCAGCCGGGGGGUAAGGGCUGCAAGCCGAGGUGGGGCAUCCGUCACACUGACUCAGCUCACCUGCCACAGAAUGACUUCCUCCCGAAUCGCCAUGUCUUCAUUCGCUGACAUCCUGGUUACGGAGCUCGGAUGUGGCUAUAUUUGGGGCUUAUGUAAUUGAUUGUUAAUAUAAAUGUGCAGCCAGCCAUGUACAGUUGCUCUUUGGUUUUAAAUAGCAACUCACAGCCAAGUGGGAAACUUGCUGACCACAGAAUAAAAGUUUUAAAAAUCUGGGUUUGAA